AUGGUCAACUCUUCAUCUGCAACGCCUGAGACAGCACGUAGACGUUCAACAACUAGUCAGAAGAAGCAUCGAGUAACAGUUGCUCCACAGCCAGUUGAUGUAGAUGGCACGCGUGUACUCAUCAGUGUAGGAAGGGCCAUAUUGGCACGCUUGUUUUUCAUCGUUCAUUCCAUGUUCACAAUAGGUCAGACUGUUAGAAUUGUGGGCAGAGAAGGCGUAUGGGGCUUCGCAUUGAUUUCUCUUUUAAUCGUAUUCGAAGGGUCGUACACGAUCAUCAUGAGAGCUGGAGAUGAACGACGAUGGUUCUGUACGAGUGUUUUGCUCUAUAUCGUCUCAACUGCUCCUCCCAUUUGGCUGCUGGAAACGAAGAUGUGCGAAUGGAGAAGAGAAAUAGCCAUAACGGGAGAAUCAACUGUUCAAAUAGAAGGAGCAGAUGAAGAGUUGCGUUUACAACUUCUCGAGCAGUUACUACUGGUUACUCUGAUAAUAGGAAGAUGGAUGCUUCCAAAAGGCGAUAUUAGUAGGGAACAAUUGUCUCAAAUUCUUCUCGCUUACUUAGCAAUAUCAUCUGAUAUCGUAGAGUUCUUCGAUGUGUUCAAAGAGAAGGCCGUCUACAACAACACUCAAGUCCAACAUAUUGUGUUGGCAGCUUGGACGCUUAGUCUGUUACAAUUUCCGUUCGUUCUAACUGUGAGCAGAGCUAGGAAGAUGAGGGUAGCUAUCACAAAAACAUACGAAGAGCUCAUCAUGCCUAGGCAACGCGACUGUUGGCAGGUUGUGCAUGAUGUAGAUAUAUGGGCUAUCAUUCUUGCAAACUCUCUACAAGAUAUUCCUUUCCUCCUGGUUCGGCUUUACCUGAUGUUCCAACAUGGGCUGGUUACAUACACUAUGAUCUUUUUCACUUGUAAAAAUGCUUUGAUCAUAAUGCUUCAGACAUACAGAGGAUUUAUACUGCUCAAUGACAGAUAUAUUCAUCCAAAGCCUCCAGAUCUUGACAUGUUAGAAACACAUCAACGAGAACCUCAUCAGAGGAACAAUCGCCACCGUAAGAGAAAACAGAAACGGGAGAAAAUAGAAGAAGAGCAAUACCUCACAACAAAUGUGUAA